UCCCUGCCUUAGAGAGCUGCGAGCUCGGAAGCUAGGGGGAACUUGGAGGGGUCCGUAAGGGAGGGAAGGAAGAAAUUGCAGACAGACCCCCAGCCCUGGUCGGCUGAGCCCCGGAGGAACGUCUCUGCAGUGUCCAGGCCGACUGUGGACGCGCCGCGCGCGGCCUCGCCAGGGCUGAGAGUUUGCAGACUGUCCCUGCCGCGGCCCGCUCAGCGGCGGCCCUGCGGCUCCCGCGGCUGCCGCGGCGGCCCCGGGCGCGAUCCAGCCCAGGUAGCCGCGCCGCAGGCUCGGGGCGCCGCGACCCGGUGCCCCGCCGCGCCUUGGGCUUCCCCGGGGACAGCGGCUGGCAGGCACUCCCGGCUGCUGCUACUGCUCAAACAAGGAGCCCACCUUCUCGAGUCUGAGAGGCUUGUGACUGGAGUCACCGGGAAAGGAGUCUACUGUACCAGUUUGGGACUUCGCAGGGUUCGAGCCUACACAAGCGGCUGCAGGAUUGGAUACCCUGGUUUGUGACGAGCCUCUGUGAGCCUCAGACAUGCGUGUAUGAAUACAACUAGCAGAAGUGCAGGCACAAAGGAGUGAUUACUGUUCUAAAGUGGACUUUGGAGGCAGAGCCAUCAGCCCAUCAGGAUGGAACCAAGGCAAGGAAAUCAGCUGAUGCAGGAGCCAGAGUGAGUCGAGGAAACCCGCAAACCCAGCCAGUACCAUGAGCUCGCGUCUCCCCUCUGCGCUGUAGGAGCCUGGGGCAGGCGAAGUCGGCAGAAAGCAAUGGCUUUCUUCACUCCGUGGAAGCUGUCCUCUCAGAAGCUGGGCUUCUUCCUCGUGACUUUUGGCUUUAUUUGGGGUAUGAUGCUCUUGCAUUUUACCAUCCAGCAGCGAACUCAGCCCGAGAGCAGCUCCAUGCUCCGGGAGCAGAUCCUGGACCUCAGCAAGAGGUACAUAAAGGCGCUGGCUGAAGAAAAUAGGAACGUGGUGGAUGGACCCUAUGCGGGGGUCAUGACAGCCUAUGAUCUGAAGAAGACUCUUGCUGUCUUGCUGGAUAACAUUCUGCAGCGCAUUGGCAAGUUGGAGUCAAAGGUGGACAACCUCGUAAGCAACAGCACAGGGACAAACUUGACCAACUCCACCACACCUGUUCCCAGCUUACUUGAGAAAAUUAAUGUGGCAGAUAUCAUUAAUGGAGCUCAAGAAAAAUGCGUAUUGCCUCCUAUGGAUGGCUACCCCCAUUGCGAGGGGAAAAUCAAGUGGAUGAAGAAUAUGUGGCGCUCGGAUCCCUGCUACGCAGAAUACGGAGUGGAUGGGUCCACCUGCUCUUUUUUUAUUUACCUCAGUGAGGUUGAAAAUUGGUGUCCCCAUUUACCUUGGAGAGCGAAAAAUCCCUAUGAAGAAGCUGAUCGUAAUUCAUUGGCAGAAAUUCGUACAGAUGUUAAUAUUCUCUACAGUAUGAUGAAAAAGCAUGAAGAAUUCCGAUGGAUGAGACUGCGGAUCCGGCGAAUGGCUGAUGCAUGGAUCCAAGCAAUCAAGUCUUUGGCAAUGAAGCAGAAUCUUGAGAAGAGAAAGCGGAAGAAAGUCCUUGUUCACCUGGGCCUCCUGACUAAGGAAUCUGGAUUUAAGAUUGCAGAGACAGCUUUCAGUGGUGGCCCUCUUGGUGAAUUAGUUCAGUGGAGUGAUUUAAUUACAUCUCUGUACUUACUGGGCCAUGACAUUAGGAUUUCAGCUUCACUGGCAGAGCUCAAGGAAAUAAUGAAGAAGGUUGUUGGAAACCGAUCUGGCUGCCCAACUGUAGGAGAUCGAAUCGUUGAGCUCAUUUAUAUUGAUAUUGUAGGACUCGCUCAAUUCAAGAAAACCCUUGGACCAUCCUGGGUUCAUUACCAGUGCAUGCUCCGAAUUCUGGACUCGUUUGGCACAGAGCCAGAGUUCAACCAUGCCAACUAUGCCCAGUUGAAAGGCCACAAGACGCCCUGGGGCAAGUGGAAUCUGAACCCACAGCAGUUUUACACCAUGUUCCCUCACACUCCAGACAACAGCUUCCUGGGCUUUGUGGUCGAGCAGCACUUGAACUCCAGCGACAUCCACCACAUCAACGAAAUCAAGAGGCAGAACCAGUCACUCGUGUACGGCAAAGUGGACAGCUUCUGGAAAAAUAAAAAGGUCUACUUGGACAUCAUCCACACAUACACGGAAGUACACGCGACUGUUUACGGUUCCAGCACGAAGAACAUUCCCAGUUACGUGAAAAACCACGGGAUCCUCAGCGGACGAGACUUGCAGUUUCUUCUCCGAGAAACCAAGCUGUUUGUUGGGCUUGGGUUCCCGUACGAGGGCCCAGCUCCCCUGGAGGCCAUUGCGAAUGGAUGUGCUUUUCUGAAUCCCAAGUUCAACCCACCCAAAAGCAGCAAAAACACAGACUUUUUCAUUGGCAAGCCAACUCUGAGAGAGCUGACGUCGCAGCAUCCUUACGCUGAAGUUUUCAUCGGCCGGCCACACGUUUGGACCGUUGACCUUGGCAAUCAGGAGGAGGUCGAGGAUGCCGUGAAAGCGAUUUUAAGUCAGAAGAUUGAGCCAUACAUGCCGUAUGAAUUCACAUGCGAGGGGAUGCUACAGAGAAUCAAUGCUUUCAUCGAAAAACAGGACUUCUGCCACGGGCAAGUGAUGUGGCCGCCCCUGAGUGCCCUACAGGUAAAAUUUGCUGAGCCCGGGCAGUCCUGCAAGCAGGUGUGUCAGGAGAACCAGCUCAUCUGUGAGCCGUCCUUCUUCCAGCAUCUCAACAAGGACAAGGACCUGCUGAAGUACGAGGUGAACUGCCAAAGCUCAGAGCUGGCCAAGGACAUCGUGGCGCCCUCCUUCGACCCCAAGAACAAGCACUGUGUGUUUCAAGGCGACCUCCUGCUGUUCAGCUGUGCCGGUGCCCACGCCCACCACCGGAGGAUCUGCCCCUGCCGGGACUUCAUCAAGGGCCAGGUGGCUCUCUGUAAAGACUGUCUAUAGCGGCCACCACUCCACCCGCACCCACGCUCUGCCAGGGGGGAGACAGUGGCUCCAGCCCCAUCAGGGUGGGCCGGGGACACAGACGCCAUUCAGGGACUCUCCCCAGAGCCUGAACAUUUUGGUGAAAGGAUCACAGCGGAGCUCUCACCAAAACAAAAUGAGAGCCAACCUCAGGCCGGGAACCUGGCUUCUCCCUGGCACAACUUCAUCUUUAAUUUUGGAGGAGCUACUGUAGGGAGACUGUGCAGCUGCUCCAGGGUGAAAAAAGAGAAUCUCAAUAUUCGUUUAAACAAAACAAAACCAGAGGAGGAGUUGAGCUAGUCGGAAAGAACUUCCUACGGGAACAUUCCUAAACCCAUUAAUUUAUUUAUUUGGGAGGGAGGGAGGGGGAGCUGGGGAGGGCAAAGAGGGAUUGAUUGCGCGUCUUGCUACUUCUCUGAUUUUCCUCUGUGGGCCACCCCUCUUCACUAUAACAUGACUGUUGUCUGCUUUGGGCAGGGUGUGCCGUGGGGCUGGUGGCAUGAUCAAGGGCAGCUGUGGGUGCCUAGCUCCUCAAAGUGGAUGGUGGCAGAAGAAAAGAAAUUCCUUGUGCUUAGCAGGUGGCAGAGGCUAGGGGAUAGGCACCCCCUGGUUGUCUGGGGAAAUGCCUGUGUGGUCCAGGGAGCCCAGCAGGGACCAGAGAUGGGCUGCUUUGCAGUGACAGGUUCCUUUCCUCUGUUCCAUCCCUGCCCCCAAGGUGGAACACACCCCCACACAGCUUGGCUGUCAUUUCUGGUUAGGAUUAAAAGCUACCCUUGCACUUGGAGGUGGUGCUCUUUACCCCCUUGAGAAGGGGUGUCUUUGAACUGCGAUUUGGACAGGAGUGAAGCUGGUCCCUAAGAACUAGUGGCACCACCUGAGCUGGGCUUGUGUUAUAUUCACUCGGUCCGAUGUCACCAAAGUCCAGGGGAUGGGGCUCUCAGUGAACUUUUGAUGUUGGCUGGGGGAGCAAGGGCAGGCCAGAAUCAAUGUGCACUGUCUUGGCUGCUGACUAUGAGUGUGGGUGUGGUUUGCAAAGGGUAGGAAUCUGAUACUGGCUUUUACUCCAGGCAGAAAUACUGGGGAGGAGGGUGUUGAACCGGUCAGCAGGUUGGACCAAACCCUGGAGUCCCCGUGCUGUGCUCUUGUGCAAAGCUCCCCGCCAGCGCCUUCCCACUGCCCUCCCCCCACGCCGUGCUUCAGUCCUCUGCGUGCGCGCGUUUCCUGUGAUGCCCCUGGCAUCUCCGUGCUGGUAAGAGUGAGCUCCCUUCUCCCUGGCAGAAUGUCCCCCUUGAAAGCUGUCCCAUGAGCCACCCAGCCCUCACUGAAGAUUCCGAGUGGCUUGGUUGCUGAGCAGAAAAGCGGGACACGGCUAAUGGCUGGGUUGAGCCUUCGGGGCGCAAGGUUCAGGUUAGAAUUCUCAAGUCUGAGGGCUCCCCCCCAGGAGGAAUGUGGGGCUGUGAGGGAUGGGAGGUUAGAUUCCACCCACUCCUCGAUUCUUCUUCUUGGGUAUAAAAUUAAUAUCAAAUGCACAGCCAGCCUUCUUUCCUUAGACUAACCUCAGUGGAUCUUAGAGAAUGGAGUGGGGGAGUUAGGGCAGCCAGGGUCUCCCCUGCCCCAUAGGUGGCCCCCGAGUACCCGUGCCGGGGAGAAUUCCUAUGGGGACACCUCUGCGCUGAGCCUGGAUGCCAGGGCCCAGCCCUCACAGACUGGCUGAGAAUAGAAACAAGGGCAGAAGUUGAAAGGAAACUGGGCGAGAGGGUGUGAGUGCCCGUGUGCUCUUGAGUGCUUCCUGCAGGGGGAGGAAACGGCUGCCAUCCCUGCUGUCGGGAACCACUAUUUGCUACAAACGGGCCUCCCGGCUGCAGCCUUCCUAGAAGGAAUUCGCUUUAGCGCCCAGACCUGCAGUUCCAGGGCCAGUGCUGCCCUCUCCUGGGCCCUUCUGGCCGUUUCUGGUGCUGAGGGUGUGCGUGCCCGUGUUUGACCAGCAGGGGGAGCCUGCAGGCCGAGACCAGUUUCCCACGCUUUGCCAGACUAACGCAUCUGGCAGAGAUCCGUUACAACAAGCACAGGAACUCUGAAAGCAAGGUUGGAAAGCCCAGUUCUCGGAAACACAGUGUGCCGGCCUUGUGUUCCAGAAGCUGCAGGGAUUGUUUGCCGGCUGCCCCUGAGCUCAGGGACUCUGCCUUCUCAAGAAUUCCUCUUCUCUACGCCAGGACCCUCAGUCAGGCAGCCCAGGGAGCACUUCCCCACCUUAAGAUCCUUCUUGCUGCCUCAUCCCAGUACUGACCGGAAGUAAGCCAGAGUUCUGCCCCGGGGGUGGGCUGAUGUGGCUGCUGCUCCUGGUGCAAAGAAACCCACACUCCAGUUGUUGAGGGGAGAAGGGGCGACACCAAAUGUAUACUGGUUCCCAGGCCUCCACACACUUGGCCCCAGUCUGGUCAGUGACCCCAGAGGACAUUAGGGUGGGGGCCUCUAUCUGCCCUAUGCAGGAAGGGCUGCAAUUGCUGCCUGCUGUGUGAGAGGAAGGCGCCUUUCAGGGUGUGGGCUAGAAGCCUUGGGUGGUUUUGCCAGUGCCAAUCUUGAUAGACUCCUGAACCACCUUGUAAUCGAUGACAGUUCCACAGGGAGCGAUAUCCCCAGUCAGGACUAGCGUCUUCCUGUGCUCUGAGCAUCUCUCACCUCUUGCCUGGUUUUUUAGUUUUUUGUACAUUUUUUCCUAAAAGUUUGGAUUUAUUUUUCCUCCACUGUGAUCCUAAGUUCUUAAAAAACUUGAGGGAAAAGGUUUAAUUUAUUAAAGGAGAGAAAGCUUUCCUUUGAGAUAUAAACACUUUCAGGAGUAAAGAUUCCUGAAAGGGAAAACACACUUCUCAUGCCAGUAAACACCUCAUUUAUUUCUGUUUGCAGUUUGAUUUGCACAUGCACAAUUGGGAGAAGCUUUUCGCAUUUUUGCUUAGAUUGGGUUUUUUACUUUGUGUUUGCUAUAUGUUUGUAAGUAUUAAGUGAUCUUUUCUUUGGUGAUAUUUAUUGUUUCUCUGAGGUGCCUUUUCACUUUUCUUUGGGGUUGGUUUUUGGAAUCUGGUGUCGGUGUUUGGAAUCGGGUUUAGUUGAAGGAAGCUAGCAGACUCCUCCAGCUUGGAGAUAGAUAGGACCUGUCCUUGCGAGACUGAGGGCAACCCAGGCUGGAUGCCAGACAUGCCCUCCAAGCUCCUCAGGUCGCAGCAUAUGUGUGCAGAUUCCCCCAUGCAGCCACGAGGGCCCCAAGAAGAGGGUUGACUUCUUCCAGAACAACCUUCACCCUCCCAGGCUGCUUGGCCAGGUCUCUGGGUUUGUCUGGAGACAGAUGGUUGACAGGUGCCACCCUGGGUGCUUGGUGGAGGGUGGCGGGGGCAGAGAACCAACCCUGUGUGAGGGGUUGCAGUGAAGGGAAGCAGGCCCUGCUGGGCUCAUUGGAAGCACUGGCCCCAAAUCAUUCUAUCUCCCUAUCAUGAUGAAGGGGAAAUAAUAUGCACCCCCGUUUUUAUUUCCUUGGCAAACAUCAGCCUCCCAGUAAGCUCCCUUGGCGCCCCAGUGCAGCUCACUGGUAGUAAAACUGUGAUUGUGAGCAGUUAGGCAGAGACUGCUGUUAUGGGCGGGUUUGGGCUUUUGAGACCAGGCCAAUCAGGCCACCCCUUCCUGGGGUGGUUUCCCUACUAGAUAUGUAUAUAAAUGGGACAUUGCCACCCUCGCCCACCCCCGACUUACACACCAAUUCUUGAUUUUAAAAAAAGUUCUAUUAACGACAGGCUGUGGUUGUGUUACUCUCCCAAGCCUGGAAUAUUUUAUUUAUUGAAGAAUAUUUUCAUUUCCGCAGUGGUUUCAUUCUAAUCCUGCCCAUCCCCUAGGCUGCAGACCAUCUUCAUGUGAAGAGAUGGACAGAUGUCAAGAGAUUCAGGCUGCUCUAGGAAGGUGGGAGUUGCCUAAAGCGGAGGGUGGGUUCUUUUUCUUCUUGUUGGCUUCAACAAAAAAAUGGAAAACCCAAGUUUAUAUGGCAAAAGGCCAAAUUAGCUGUCUAGUGUCAGAUGCAGGAAAAAAAAAUUUACCCUAGCUUUCUUAGCACUUAGGGGUUUUGUGAGGAUUCAGUGUUUAGCAAUGUCUGGCAUAUAGUAAGUCCUAGUAAAUGUUAAAUAUUGUUGUUUUUCACAUUUCAUAAAAGUUGAGGAAAAGAGCUGAGCUCACUUCCUAUCAUUGAUUCCUGUAGGUGCAGGAAGAUACUCCAAGUUGAUAGAAUGUUGUAGGAAUUACAGGUUUAAGAUGCCCAAGUCCUGUGUCCACCCUGCUGGCUAAAAUGGUACUGUGUCCCUGGAUGCACUGACUGAUUUGAAAAUAUGCCUGACUUCAGCCCCAAGUGGAACUGGGCUGCAAAAUUAGUCAGCUUGACAUAGAGUGGCCACAUGCCAGACCCUACCCCACUGACAUCUUCUGAACCCUUCCAGGGUGUGUGCAGAAACUUUUGAGCUGGAAAUUAAAUCCUCUGACAGUUCCCUUAAAGUUACCCAUCUUCCUCUGAAAUGCAAUAAUAGAGGUGUGUCUGGUUUUUUUUUAUUUAAGGGAAAAGGAAUGACCUCUUGAACAUAUUCAUUCCCCUGGAAGUCCCUUUGCUGCCCCCUGCUGGCCAGGGUGGCUUCUCCAGUGUCCAGUCCAAGAGGAUCAGACUCCCAGGCUGGUUAGUUAUGUUUCUAUCAAAUUAAAGGUUAGUUCCGUGUAGAGAGCGAGGGGUCUUCAGAACUCCAAGAGGCUGCUCCUAGCUUAGUGAUGUUUUUCCAAAUCACCUCAAUGUCAGUUGGCUUUUUUUGGGGGGUGGGGCACGGUUGGUGUCAGCCUCUUACUUCCCUAAAUAGGCUUUUUUAAUCUCCUCUCCUAUUUUGGUGCCAUUCUGGAUAGACUGCAUUUGUGGAAAAUGGAGGAAUUUGUUGGUGUCUUUUUAAGAUGUUUUGCAUUCUCUUCAGCUGCAUCAGCAGUCUUUCUUACAUGUCUGUGGAUGUAAGAUUGGAACGCACCUUCUUCCAAGCACUUCCUCGAUUUUCCCCAGAUCUUGUGGAGCCCUAGCCCCCUGCAGCUGGUGAGACAGGGCAGAGGGAUGGAGGGCAGCUGUGUGCUCAUGCAGGGACCAGGGCCCCGUGUCUGGGGAGUCAGGGGGUGCGGUCCUGGGUGCCCAGACCACUUGCAGGAGGUCUCCCUGGGACAGCCGGACAGGAACCUAGUGCAGUCGGCCACCUCUGCCCACCUCUGAGAUGGCGCAAACUUGGGAAGCAUUUGUUCCCUGUCUUGCCCAGGUAUGACCAGGACAAAUGGGAGUGGGACAACCGAUGCCAAAGGAGAUGGUAACAUCUUUUCUGCCGUAGUUGCUGUCGCAAGCUCAGUGUCUGUACGCUAACGGCCAUCCGCGUCUGUGUCCUCAGCCAGCUCCUGGUGCGGCCGUUUGCUGCUGUUCCCCGGGAUUCAGUCGUGCGAGGUUCUGCCAACGAGGUGUUGCUGUUAACAUGUACUGUACUGGCGUAGAGAGCACUGCUUUGUUUUCCACUGUUGUAGAGAAAACUAGGGAGAACUUUAUUUUUCAAUAAACUUUUCUUGUGUGA